UCACCUGACUUACAAGUUGUUAAAGUUGUUUGCGGAAUGUUAGGUAGCUACGCUUGGCUAUGCAAUAAUAAUAAUAACAAUAUUAAUAAUUGGAAAUCUUUCUUUUCGAUCAGUUCAACAUCGUAAUGUUGAUAUAAAACUGACUGUGCAAGCGUCGCUUUGCGCUUAUUGACAAUAACAAGUCACACCGCAAGAUAACAGGAAUCUCUCCACACCAGCUGGGCAAGCAGGAACUCUGUACAGUGGAGAAAUAACUUGUGGUGUGACGAAAUGCGUGCAAUUCCGUGAGUUACAACGUUGCAUGUUAACUGAACAAGCAGCCAGUCGAAGGACAGUCAUUGCGUCGAGAACGCCGUUGUGUCAGCCGGCUUGCUAGCGGUAGUUACCAGCAAGCUAGCCUAGAGUUAGCACAUUUCUGUAUGCAUUCGCAAGGUGCACCGGGUGGAGUUAAUCUACGGGGCAAAAGACCACCACGUUAUUUUGAAGCGUAAACGAAUCGACAGGCGUGAGGAUUUACUAAGUUGCUGAAUCAUAGAUUGUAUCCACAGCUUUCCGAAUUAUCCAAAAUGAAGCCGGUAGUUUUCGGGUUGGGCACGUUUUUCCUUUUGUGCCUCGGGUUUUCUUUGCUGUCAUCCCAUGUCGGAACGGCGCAUCCUGUUCCAGGCGAAACUGAGGCCCAUGCCAGGUUUGUGGACGCGGUGAAGAAACUGCAACUUGGCUACGGAUGGCGAAACCUAACCUGCUCGUUCUGCAAAGCCUUGUUCAUCAUCGUUGAUGUGUCCCUCGGGGCGGAGAUCAACGAGGAGCGCGUGGCGCGGAUGGUGGCGGAGGUGUGUGUGAAGCUGCACCUGGAGGAGGAGGGGGUGUGUCGGCAGAUCACGGAGCUGUUCCGCGACGACUUCAUCCGGGCGCUGCAGGAGUCCUUCCUGUGGCCCAGCGAGGCCUGCGGGGUCCUGCUGGGGCCCGACUGCGGCCACUUCGACAUCUACGCACCCUGGAACGUCAGCCUGCCCGCCGUGCCCAAGCCCCCCGUCUCCCCGCCCUCGCCCCCCCAGCCGGGCUCCCCCCGGGACCGCGUGCUCUUCCUCACCGACGUGCACUGGGACCGCGAGUACCAGGAGGGCAGCAGCGCCGACUGCAAGGAGCCCCUGUGCUGCCGGGAGCAGUCCCGGCACCCGCCCUGGCUCCACCGGGCCGCCGGAUUCUGGGGCACCUACAGUAAGUGUGACCUGCCGCUGCGGACGGUGGAGAACAUGCUGCAGAACGUGGCGCUGGCGGGACCGUGGGACCGGGUCUACUGGACCGGCGACAUCCCGGCCCACAACGUCUGGGCCCAGACGCGGGCCCAGCAGCUGCAGGAGCUGGUGACGGUCACCAGGCUGAUCCAGAAGUACCUGGGCCCCAGCGUGACCGUGUACCCGGCCGUGGGCAACCACGAGAGCACGCCCGUGAACAGCUUCCCCCCGCCCUUCGUCCACGGCAACCGCUCCUCCAGCUGGCUCUACGACACGAUGGCGGAGGAGUGGAGACCCUGGCUCUCCCCGCAGGCACUGCAGACUCUCAGACGGGCCGGGUUCUACACGGAACAGAUCCAGCCAGGCCUCAGACUCGUCUCCCUGAACAUGAACUUCUGCGCGCGGGAGAACUUCUGGCUCAUGGUGAACUCCACCGACCCCGCCGACCAGCUGCAGUGGCUUGUGGGAAUCCUGCAGGAGGCUGAGAACAAGGGGGAGAAGGUACACAUCAUUGGUCACAUCCCGCCUGGCCUAUGUCUAAAGAGCUGGAGCUGGAACUACUACCACAUUAUCAACAGGUACGAGAGCACGGUGACUGGGCAGUUUUUUGGACACACCCACGUUGACGAGUUCCAGAUGUUCUACGACGAGGAGACCCUAACCCGACCCUUGGGUGUGGCCUUCAUUGCUCCGAGUGUGACCACCUACAUCAACCUCAACCCAGGUUUCCGUGUGUACUACGUGGAUGGGCAGUAUCCUGGGAGCACCCACCUGGUCUUGGACCACGAGACCUACAUCCUCAACCUGACGGAGGCCAACAACCGCACGGGGGCCGAGGUGUCCGGGCCCGACCCGAACCCGAAGUGGACCCUGCUGUACCGAGCCAGCGAGGCCUACGGGCUCAGCAGCCUGUUCCCCUCCGACUGGGACGGCCUCAUCAAGACCUUCCUGGCGGACGACCGGGUCUUCCAGCGCUUCUGGCGGCUGUACCACAAGGGCCGCGGGUCCCAGCCGUGCCUGGACACCUGCAAGACCGCCACCAUCUGCUUCCUGCGCAGCGGUCGCUACGACGACCAGCGCCAGUGCGCGCAGCUGGGCGUGUCCCGGCGGGAGAUGGCGCGGGCCAUCCGGGAGAAGACUCUGUGCUGAGGGGCGGGGCGGGGCGGGGCGGGGCGCCGAGAGGGCGGGACGCCGGCCGCGUACCCCGGGGGGGGGGAGUCCGGUCUCGUCAAACGUGUCGGGCCUGUGCCCGCGCCGGCCCUGUUGCGAGAGGGUCGGACACCCCUGUAUCUUACACGGUCGGGUGUCGAGUGUCAAAAACCCCUCAAUCGCCAAAUGAGAGGUUGUACAUCCUAAAACGCAUUACCUCAACCCGGUACCCAUUUACUGCAUACAUACACGUAUACAUACACACAUACACACACACACACACACACACACACACACACACACACACACACACACAGUUUAAUCCUCUCUGAUUGAGGUGUGAUUUACUUGCAUAAUGUUACCUCACUGAAAGUCUGUUAUUGGUUUCCAUGGUUAAUUUGUUCUCCAAAGAUCCUUUUUAUCCACCCAAAGUUGCUUCACUGCUGCCGUGCCAAUUUUCCCUGUGAAAAAAAUACCACACAGAGACUGGUCUUCUGCCAGUCUAAUGAAUGAUUGUUUAUACAAGGGGCCUUGUCCAUGCAGAUUUUGUUCAGGAGCACGAAACUUGGAUGAUACCUUGUUUGCUGCCAUAUGUUCUCUUAUCGUUGGUGGUAAACAGGUGUGUUCCCCAAUGUAAAAAAACAGGGUCCACUUUCACGCGAUACACAGAAAUUAUAUUCCGAAUGAGUGUAUUUUACUGUUUGUAUGGUCUUAACUCUGGACCCUGUAGACACGCAUACCUUAACUCAAUUUCUGAUUUUAAAAUCAAGUGUUCAGGUUUGUCAGACCGUCUGUCUUGUCCCUGCGUCUCUUUAAUAAUUAAUCUGCUGCUUUCACUUCUGAUUUGAUCUGGUCUGGGCAGACUGUAGCACUUCGUGGUUAAGGCGCAUUACUGAGACCUGCAAGGUCUGUGGUCCGAUACCCGGUGUAGCCACGGUAAAAUCUGCACACCCUUAACCCUGCAUUGCUCCGGGGCGGAUUGUCUCCUGCUUAGUCUAAUCAACUGUACGUCGCGUCAGCCAAAUAACAUGUAAUGUAAUGUAAUGAUUGACAGGUUCGCCUGACCAGGUAUCUGUACGUUGUCUGGAGCUGGCCGUAGCUCUUAUACACUCUUAUGAACCAGUACAGCCUUAGAGUUGCAUGGAUUUUACAUUUCAGCCCUGCAGCCAAAAUGUGUCUCUAAAGCCCCUUGAGGAUGAAACUGGUUUGUGAAUUAGUUUGCAUUUCAGGUUUUUGCAGGCAAGUGCUUACCUGUGAAGAACAGUUACCUGGCUGUACUUCUAAAUUAGCGGGAAUCGAAUCCUCACACUCUUUACAAAAGGGUCAGGAAUGGCACAUGCUGCUGCUGCUGCUGGUAUUCAGGUAAAGCCUCUUGUGGUGGUGGACUUUGAGAAGUGAGAGCUACUUUGCAAAUACUCUUCCCUUUUCACAACCUGCGUUGUUGGCGUGCACUUUAUUUUCCUUCCCCAAGGUCAUGUGCCCUGAGUCAAGUUCUCUUUCUGCACGUUCUCCGCAAUGUUGAUCUCAAGGACUUUUUUUUUUCUUUUCUUUUUUAUGUAUAAGAAAUUACAUGAUGAAAUCUUAAGAGCUAUGUUAAAAAAAAAUAAAGAUGCCAUUUCUAUAAAUAAA